AUGGCGACCCGACGACACUUCGACUACGGUCUCGAGCCUGGGCGCAAGAAAGAUGAUGAUAGUCCCUCCAAGUCUGCUGCUGGACGACUGCCAAUGUUUCGCAGCUUGCGCAAGCGACGCAUUGCAUUGGCGCUCUUGAGCAUCUGGCUGAUAUAUGUGCUGGUCAAGAACAUUCAUGUGUUGCCGGUCAGUCAGGCAAAUGUGCCUGGCCAUGGACUGAGAAACACCAGAUGGUACGAUGAGGUUAGCAACGAGCAAUACAAUGGGCCGAUACGCUACUUCCAGCUGUCGCAGUCGCUGCAGUCGUUCGUGAAGCAAGCUCCGUCUCAAGACGCAGUGUUGUUCGUCUUCGCGCACCCAGAAGCCGCCUCUCACGUUGUGGACUCGGCUUGCUUGAUGGCUUCUCAGAAACGAGCUGUAGUCCAUGUCGCCGCCAUGGGCCAGCAUUCUAUCGAUCUCAGCAGCAUCUUGCAAGUGAAUGGCUUCUCAUCUUCUGACUGUCCGAUUUAUCUCCAUGAUGCUCAGAUCGACUUUGCCGCCCAAUCGAGCCGGGGCCGGCUACAGAGGGGUGUUGAAGGUGCCUUCGGUCAUCUGUACCGCACGCUCUGGCUACAAGCUGUCUUCUACGACGGAUCAAGGCAAGAGGCUGAAUAUCUACAGGCGAGCAUCGUCAACAGCGCCCGCCGAUAUGGUGUCACAAGCAUAUCAGUUCCGACCAAAGAUGCCUGGAUGCUCGAGCUAGACCCAUCGUCGUUGCGAGAGUGGCACAAAGUGCAAGUCGACAUAGUGAUAAGAGUCACCUCAGAGUCCGCCGGAUCACUGUUACGUCUACUUCGAAGCAUCCAAGGUGCAGAAUAUGGUGACCUUGCUCACCCAUCCAUUGCGCUGGAACUGCCUCCAAGAACAGAUAUGGCGGUGUUGCGACAUCUCACGACCUUUGCAUGGCCACCAAAGGCGCGGCCUGCCGGAUCGAGACUGAUCAUACGACACCGCGUGAGUGACGCGGCUCUGACUCCCGCCGCGGCCUCUUUGCAGAUAGUUGAAUCGUUCUAUCCGACCACGGCAAGUUCCCAUGUUCUGAUUCUUGCUCCGGAGGCAGAAUUGGCCCAAAAUUGGUACCAGAUGUUAAUUUUCCUGAUCCUCGAGUGUAGACACUCGCAGCAGAGAUAUCUGCUGCCUAACACAAUGGGAAUCUCGCUCCAGGGGUUGACGUCCACUGGAACGCCAGCCAACUCUAUCUCGCUGACGCAACGACUAGACGGGAGAGCGGACCUGUUCUUUGAUCCUUUGCUAUCGAAAUCGGUCGAAUCUGUCAAAGGCAGCGACAGUGACCUGGCGCCAUGGUUGCGACUUGCACGAGAGUUGAUGCGGAGCCAGGGCUAUUCCAUGAUCCAGUUGUCUGCAUCAAAUCGUACAUCACCGCUUGCGGUCCUGCAUGACGAUAGGCCACUCCUCGAAGAGCAGCUCACAGAGUCCUCGAACGAUGCAGACGAGGCCCCCAUGUUGAAGACGGAGGGAACUGCGUUAGUCUCACAAUAUCUGCCACACGAGAUUGAAACAGAAUUGCAGCUCGUCAAAGAGUCAGUGCUUGGUUUAGUGAAAGGCGGUAUGUGGGAGGCCAUGAACAAUGGCGGAUUGAUCCAGGAUGCCUACGGUGCUUCUGUCGAUCGCGUUGAGAUCUUCAAGCAAGCACAAGAUUUUGCGCGUCGCUUCAGCCAGGAAGUCUGGAGUCAAUGUUCUGCUGAGCUGCCAUCCAUCGUCGGCGGCGUUCUAGAUUUCAUGGCUGAUCGUCAUGGUGCCUUAGCGUCCUCCCUCGCAGUUGCUAAAUUCCAAAAGGACUAA